AUAUCAAUUAUUAAUUCAAGUUCAGCACUACCAACCAAAAAAAAAAAAGGGUUCAGACACCAACGUGGAGAAAGCUCGUUGACGUUAUCAUUUGCUAAGAUUUGAUAAUUCAAUUGGGUCAUAGCUCCGUCUCAGUACGGAAAUGGCUUUGAGGCUUAUGAUUUCGCAGGCUGCAAGGCGUCAAUCAGAAUUUGGACAGAUAAAAAAUUUGUUGGUUAGAAGCUAUUUUUCUGUCAACAAGUUUGGGGAUCGCAUAGGGAAUAGGCUUUUGUAUGCCCAGGAGAGAUUUCAGUCUAGCUACAUUGGCAACUUAGCUCGUCGAGUGCGUGAUGUAGAUGAAGCCAGUGAAGUUGCAUAUCUCAAGGAACUAUACCGACAGAAUGAUCCUGAAGCGGUGAUUAGAGUAUUUGAAAGCCAGCCAUCUCUGCAUACUAUUCCUUCAGCUCUUUCUGAAUACAUAAAAGCAUUGGUGAAAGUUGAUAGGCUUGAUGAAAGUGAAUUACUGAAGACAUUAAAGAGAGGUAUUUCCAAUUCAAUGAAGGAGGAAGAAAGUAUAGCUGGUCUUUCUGCUUUUAGAAAUGUGGGAAAUUCAACCAAAGACCAAACUCUUGGAACUACUAAUAAUCCAAUCCAUAUGGUGGCUACAGAAGGUGGGAAUUUAAAAGAUCAGCUAUGGCGAGCAAUUAGGUCCAUUGCAGUGGUUUUCUUCUUGAUUUCUGGUGUAGGAGCACUAAUUGAAGAUAAGGGAAUUAGUAAAGGACUUGGUAUAAAUGAAGAAGUGCGACCGAGUAUGGAGUCAAAUACAAAAUUUAAUGAUGUAAAAGGGGUUGACGAGGCAAAGGCAGAGCUGGAAGAAAUUGUUCACUACCUCCGAGAUCCCAAGCGCUUUACUCGUCUUGGUGGUAAGCUCCCUAAAGGAGUUUUGCUUGUUGGUCCACCUGGCACUGGAAAAACAAUGCUAGCAAGAGCUAUAGCUGGAGAGGCUGGGGUUCCUUUCUUCUCCUGCAGUGGAAGUGAAUUUGAAGAGAUGUAUGUUGGAGUUGGUGCACGAAGGGUGAGGGAUCUUUUUUCUGCAGCAAAGAAGCGGUCACCUUCUAUAAUAUUCAUCGAUGAGAUAGAUGCUAUUGGAGGAAGCCGAAAUCAGAAGGAUCAUAUGUACAUGAAGAUGACAUUAAACCAGCUAUUGGUUGAACUGGAUGGAUUCAAACAAAAUGAGGGCAUAAUUGUGAUUGCUGCUACUAAUUUUCCAGAGUCAUUGGAUAAAGCAUUGGUGAGACCUGGGCGAUUUGAUCGCCAUGUUGUUGUUCCCAAUCCAGAUGUAGAAGGAAGACGGCAGAUCUUGGAAUCGCACAUGUCAAAGGUUCUGAAGGCUGAUGAUGUUGAUUUAAUGAUCAUUGCUCGAGGAACGCCAGGGUUCUCUGGUGCUGACCUUGCAAACUUGGUUAACAUUGCUGCUCUCAAGGCAGCAAUGGAUGGUGCUAAAGCUGUGAACAUGGCUGAUUUAGAACAUGCAAAGGACAAGAUUCUGAUGGGGAGCGAACGGAAAUCAGCUGUCAUAUCUGAAGAGUCACGAAAGUUGACUGCGUUCCAUGAGGGUGGCCAUGCGAUCGUGGCCAUUCAUACUGAUGGGGCCCUUCCUGUUCACAAGGCAACUAUAGUUCCCCGUGGAAUGGCUCUUGGCAUGGUUUCUCAAUUGCCUGACAAAGACGAAACCAGCGUCUCCCGUAAACAGAUGCUUGCCCGGCUCGAUGUUUGCAUGGGAGGCCGGGUUGCCGAAGAACUAAUUUUUGGAGAAAAUGAAAUUACUUCUGGUGCAUCCUCAGAUCUUAAGAAGGCAACAAAUCUGGCAAGGGAAAUGGUUACCAAAUAUGGUAUGGGUAAUGAAGUUGGUCUAGUCACUCAUGAUUACGAUGAUGACGGGAGAAGCAUGAGCUCAGAGACUAGGCUUCUUAUUGAGAAAGAGGUGAAGCAAUUCCUGGAGAGGGCUUACAACAAUGCCAAAACUAUUCUAACUACUCACAACAAGGAACUUCAUGCACUUGCAAAUGCUCUUCUUGAGCACGAGACACUUACAGGAAGUCAGAUAAAGGCAUUACUUGCCCAAGUUAGAUCCCAGAAACAGCAGCAGACACAAACAGUUGAAGCUCAGAGCAGUUCACAAUCUAACACAGUGCCUCCAUCAUCCAGUCACCCAGCAGCCUCCGCCGCUGCAGCUGCUGCUGCUGCCGCUGCCACAGCUGCAGCUACUGCAGCUGCCUCCAAGGCUAAAAGUGCUCAUGUGGGGUCUUAGCAAGAAAAGACACUGGUGACAUGCAGCAACAUGGCCACAUGGCUUAUAUUUUUUUCCAGGUUUUUUGGGACUUUGUGGUUCAAUUUCACUCGGUGGAACUUGACAUAGAAGUGUAUACAUUGUUUGUACUUGUAGUGUACAAUGAAAAAUUAAGAGAGAUUAUCAUUUAUCAAUUAUCUCCAGCUCAAUCAGUUACCCUCACUCAAUUUCUUCAGACAAUAAAAACGGUUACAAAUUUACCU